AGUACAAAAACAGAGAGUUGAAAAGUGGUGUUCAUUGUCUCCUUCUUCUCCUCCUGCUUCCCUGGGUUUCCUUCUAUAAAUACAGCCCCAAACCCUGUGAUUUCUCUUCCAUCUUGUACUUGUUCUUGUUCUUGUUCUUGUUGUAGUUCUAGCUCUACAGACACAGAGAAAGAGAUAGAGAGAUGGGUGGGAAGGGAGAGAACUCAGUGAGUAGUAAUGGCAUGCAAGAAAGGGCCAUGGAGGAAGGGGAUGGUGGUGAAGUAGGAGUCACUGUAAACCAUGUUUUUGCUACUUCUGAGGACAGAGCUUCUUCUUUCUCAUUCUCAGUUCCUUUUCUUCAGAAGAUAAUUGCCGAGGUUUUCGGUACUUAUUUUCUGAUAUUCGCCGGCUGUGGAUCGGUGACGGUGAACCUUAGCAAGGGUACUAUCACAUUCCCCGGCAUUUGUGUCGUUUGGGGGCUUGCCGUUAUGGUCAUGGUUUACGCCGUUGGCCACAUCUCCGGCGCACAUUUUAACCCGGCUGUCACCAUUGCUUUUGCUACCUGUGGCCGAUUUCCAUGGAAACAGGUACCCGUCUAUGUAUCGUCUCAGUUAGUAGGAUCAACACUUGCAAGCGGGACUCUUCGUUUGUUGUUCGGAGGGAAGCACGAGCAUUUCCCAGGAACAAUUCCUGCCGGAUCUGAUUUGCAAUCUCUUGUUCUCGAAUUCAUAAUCACCUUCUAUCUUAUGUUUGUCAUCUCCGGCGUUGCAACAGAUAAUCGUGCUAUCGGAGAAUUGGCCGGCUUGGCUGUCGGAGCUACUGUUCUAUUGAAUGUUCUUGUUGCCGGGCCAAUAUCCGGGGCAUCGAUGAAUCCUGCAAGAAGUCUCGGCCCUGCAAUUGUGUCGAACCGAUAUGAAGCGAUGUGGGUGUACAUUGUAGGACCAACUGCAGGGGCGAUCGCCGGAGCUUGGGCUUACAACCUCAUUCGAUUCACUAACAAGCCGCUUCGCGAAAUUACCAAGAGUGGAUCCUUUCUAAGAAGCAUGGGAAGAAAUGGUUCUAAUUAAAGAGCACAAUGCAAAUCAUCAUCAUCAUCAUCAUCAUCAUCUGCUGUUGUGUCCUUGUCAUUAAAUAGAGUAUAAGAUAUAGAUAAAUACAGAAAAUAAUAAUAAUAUAUGUUUCGACUUUCCGUGAUGAAAUUAUAUUUCAAAAAAGAAUUAUAAUGACUUGUUACUUUGUGUUUGUUGAAGGGAUUUCUCUUUCAAUCAAUGUAUCUGUUGUUGAAUUUGGGUUGUU